AUGGCCAAUCAGCCCAUUCUCCGCAUCUCAAGACUCACCUCCGUAGCACUCGCCGUCGCCUGUCAAGAAUCCGAUAUCCGACAAGUCAAGGCUCUCGUGAUCGGUCCGCCUGAGUCACCCUACGAGUACGGGUUCUUCGAAUUCCUUGUCCGUUUUGGCUCAGAAUAUCCUUCAAAGCCUCCGAAAGUUGACGCUAAGACGACGAAUGGUGGACGAUGUCGUUUCAAUCCUAACAUCUACGCUGGGGGGAAAGUAUGUCUGUCAAUACUGGGCACAUGGCACGGCGAACGCCCGGGCGAAGAAUGGUCUCCUGCGCAGGGUCUAGAGUCCGUUCUGGUCUCUAUCCAGAGCCUGAUGUCGAACAACCCAUACGAGAACGAGCCGGGUUACGAGAAUGCCAAAAGCGCGGAUGACAAGAAACUCAACGAGGCAUACUGUGCGAAGAUCCGGCACGAAACUUUGCGGAUCGCUGUUAUCCAGAAGCUAGAAGAUGCUCUCAACAUUCAAGGAGACGGAUCUGUUGAACCGAAUGGCCCAACUUAUCAGUGGGACGACUCUGAAGAAGAGGACAACAAGGACGCUGAGGAGGAGCAGAAGGCCAAAGAUGAACUCAGCAAGUUCGAGCCCUUCAAGGACCUCUUCAAACGCCGCUUCAUGUGGUGGUACGAGCACUACAUGAAUACCAUCGACCAGAACAAGUCUAAGAACAAGGACGGCAACCCAUUCGAAAAAAUGCCCUUCGAGGGCCCCGGCAAUACUAUGGACGGCAAAUUCGGCUACAGCGAUCUGACCAAGAGACUGGUGCGCAUCAAGGAUGUCAUCAAGCAGGAGACCGAAGGCUGGGCCAAAGAAGGACUCACACUGAAGGCUCGGGAGUCUACGAAGUCGAGCAACCUGCAGCGACAGUUCGAACAACUAUCCGAGCUACUCAAACAGAAGAAGGUCUACAACUUCUCGAUCGAACUGGACAACGGCAAUCCUUUCGUCUGGGAUAUCACCUACUUCGGCAAGCCUAUGACUCACCUUGAUGGAGGCGUCUUCAAGAUUCGCAUGGCAGUCAGUCCGCGAUUCCCCGAUGAGCAGCCGCGUGUCACUGUCAUGACCCCACUGUAUCAUCACCGCGUUUCCAAGGAAGGCGUCCUCUGUUACUUCCCCAACAGACAUGAGGAGAUGAAGGACCACGUUGAGAGCAUCGUCCGGGCUCUAGAGGAGGAAUCACCACCGUACGAUCCACGUACUAUCGUCCACCCAGAAGCAACCAAGUUGUUAUGGGGUAGUGACGCCGAUAAGAAGAAGUACUAUCGUCAGAUGAGGCGCUCUGCUCAAGACAGUACGGAAUUCUGA